CUCAUUCUCAUUUUCUUCUAAAGUGGUUAGAAGACUUAGUCAUAAGGGAGAUUUUUUUAUAGUUGGAAGAAUCUCUCUUUUUUCUGCAUAUAUUUUCAUAUCCAUUUUUCCAAUUUAUAUACCUCAAAAAGCUCUAAUUUUGUACUACAAGAACUAGUUGUUCAUAAUCAUUCAUAACCCAUUUUACAACUUAUUGUUGUAUAGUUUGACAUGUACAAAUCCCAAAUGCAAAAUUCGGAAAAUAACCAAAGCCACCACCAUCACCACCACCGCCACUCCGACACUGAAAUUGUCGGGAGCAGCGACAAAGCCUCUUUCAGCGGCCCGCUGAAGAGGCCGGGCGGGGGAAGGAAAAGCGCCCGAUUCAACAUCCCGGGAGACUCCCCCGCCGCGGCCAACUCCGGCGAUGACUACGUGGAGAUCACGCUCGACGUCCGGGAGGACUCGGUGGCGGUGCACAGCGUGAAGGCGGCGGGCGGCGGCGAGGUGGAGGAUCCGGAGCUGGCUCUGCUGGCCCGGGGCCUGGAGAAGCGGUCCUCAUUCGGGUCCUCCGUCGUCCGAAACGCCUCGUCGAGAAUCCGGCAGGUCUCGCACGAGCUCAAGCGCCUCGCCUCCCUGACGCGCCGCCCCCAGCCGCCGGGGAGGUUCGACCGGACCAAGUCGGCCGCCGCGCAUGCUCUUAAAGGCCUCAAGUUCAUCAGCAAGACCGACGGCGCCGCCGCCUGGGCAGGCGUGGAGAAGCGCUUCGACGAUAUCACCAAAGACACCAACGGCUUGCUCCCCCGCGCCCGCUUUGGCGAAUGCAUCGGCAUGAACAGGGAGAAGGAGUCCAGCGAUUUCGCCGGCGAGCUCUUCGACGCGCUAGCGCGGCGGAGGAACAUCACCGGCGGGUGUAUCAACAAGGGGCAGCUGAGGGAAUUCUGGGACCAAGUUGCUGAUCAAAGCUUCGAUACGCGCCUUCAAACCUUCUUCGACAUGGUUGAUAAAGAUGCUGAUGGCAGAAUCACAGAGGAGGAAGUCAGAGAGAUUAUAACAAUAAGUGCCUCGGCAAAUAAGCUGUCGAAUAUUCAGAAGCAAGCGGAUGAAUAUGCAAGAUUGAUUAUGGAAGAAUUGGACCCUAACGAGAUGGGAUAUAUCAUGAUUGAGAAUUUGGAGAUGCUGCUGCUGCAAGGGCCGAGCCAAUCGGUUCGAGGCGAGCGCGAGAGCCGGAAUCUGAGCAAGAUGUUGAGUGAGAAACUGAAGGCAAAUGAAGAGAUUGCCAUAAAGAGGUGGUACAGAGAUGGUCGUUACUUUUUGGUUGAUAAUUGGCAGAGAGUUUGGGUGAUGGUUUUGUGGAUUGGAGUCAUGGCUGUUCUCUUCACUUGGAAAUACAUCCAAUACAAGAAUAGAGAGGCUUUCGAGGUGAUGGGCCACUGCGUCUGCAUGGCCAAGGGCGCCGCUGAGACUCUCAAGCUCAACAUGGCUCUCAUUCUCCUCCCCGUUUGUCGAAACACCAUCACCUGGCUCCGCAACAAGACCAGGCUCGGUGCCGCCGUCCCCUUUGACGACAAUCUCAACUUUCACAAGAUUAUUGCGAUCGCGAUUGCAAUGGGAGUGGGAAUACAUGGGAUAAGCCAUCUGGCGUGUGAUUUUCCCCGUCUCUUGAGCGCGACACCCGAUGAGUACGAGGACAUGGAGAAGUUCUUUGGGGAGCAGGCGACGAGCUAUUGGGUCUUCGUCAAAGGGUGGGAAGGUGUGACCGGAAUUGUGAUGGUUGUGCUAAUGGCAAUAGCCUUCACACUUGCUUCGCCGUGGUUUAGGAGAGGGAAAAUUAAUCUACCAAAGCCUUUGAAUAAGCUCACCGGGUUCAACGCCUUUUGGUAUUCCCAUCAUCUAUUUGUGAUUGUAUACGCUUGCCUCAUUAUUCACGGCAUCAAGCUCUACUUGACCAAAGAAUGGUACAAGAAAACGACGUGGAUGUAUUUGGCUGUUCCGCUUACUCUCUAUGCCUGCGAAAGAUUGAUUAGGGCAUUUAGGUCGAGCAUCAAGGCCGUCAAGAUCUUGAAGGUGGCUGUGUACCCCGGGAAUGUGCUAACGCUUCACAUGUCUAAGCCGCAAGGAUUUAAAUACAAAAGUGGGCAAUACAUUUUCGUCAAUUGUGCAGCUGUUUCUCCAUUCGAGUGGCACCCAUUUUCCAUUACCUCAGCACCCAGAGACGAUUAUGUGAGUGUUCACAUCCGAACACUUGGUGAUUGGACCAGGCAAUUGAAAGAAGUCUUUUCUAAGGCUUGUCAGCCUCCGCCCACAGGAAAAAGUGGACUACUUCGUGCUGACUAUUUGCAAGGAGAGAGUAAUUCCAACUUUCCUAUAAAAGUCUUGAUCGAUGGUCCGUACGGUGCACCAACUCAAGACUACAAGAGCUACGACGUUGUGUUGCUGGUCGGGCUAGGUAUAGGCGCGACGCCCAUGAUUAGUGUUGUCAAGGACAUCGUCAACAACAUGAAAGCAAUGGACAUGGAGGAGAAUGCAUUGGAGGAAGGAAGCGCGGGCCCCAGCCCUCUCACGACGCCCAGGCAAAGUGCGGGCUCAGGGAGCGGGCGCCAUAGCUUCAAGACCCGAAGGGCGUACUUCUACUGGGUGACGCGCGAGCAGGGAUCCUUCGAUUGGUUCAAGGGUGUGAUGAACGAGGUGGGCGAGAUGGAUCACAAGGGCGUGAUCGAGAUGCACAACUACUGCACAAGUGUCUAUGAGGAGGGAGACGCGCGCUCUGCCCUCAUCACCAUGUUGCAAUCCCUCAACCACGCCAAGAACGGAGUCGACGUCGUGUCAGGCACGCGCGUCAAGUCCCACUUCGCCAAGCCUAACUGGCGCACCGUGUACAAGCGCAUCGCGCUCAAUCAUCCUAAUAGUAGAGUCGGGGUGUUUUACUGUGGGGCACCACCACCAGUGAAGGAGCUAAGACAACUGGCUUCUGAUUUCUCUCACAAGACCAACACCAAAUUUGAAUUCCACAAAGAGAACUUUUGAAUAAUUUCU